UCGUCUAGUGUAGUAUUCUGGAAACAUAUUAUACCUAUACUACCCGGUUGUCCGGCAUUCGGCUAGUUCUUGCCUACGCUGUUUUAGUUAUUAAAUUCUAUUUAUGUUCUAAACUAUCGAGAUUCUUCUCAAUACGAACAUCUGCAGUGUUUAUUUUGUUUUGUUCGAUGCUAAUUUUCAUACUUCAUUCUUGAAAAGAGCUUCGAUUGUUGCACAUAUAAUCUUGUAUAUCCUUCGCUAUCAACAUCUUGUGACAAAAAUCUUGUGACUGCGUUACAGAAAAAUGUCGGAGUCAGACUUAUUAGCAAACGACCAAAUCGACGGCUUGGAUGGCUUAGAAAAUGGCCAAGAAGUCGAAUCCAUGAACUGUGAUCCUGUUAAACGAAGCUUUGGAGAAUCAAACGAUGACCCAGAACUCGAAGCCAUUAAAGCUAGAGUCAAGGAAAUGGAGGAAGAGGCGGCUAAGCUUAAAGAACUUCAAUGCGAAGUUGACAAGCAAAUGAGUUUGGGCAGUCCUCCGGGAACAAGCCCACUAAAUUUAUCAGCAGAGGACAAAAUGGAAGUGGAUAACAGAUCUGUAUACGUCGGAAACGUUGAUUACGCAGCCACAGCAGAAGAGCUGGAACAACAUUUCCAUGGAUGUGGUAGCGUCAACAGAGUGACUAUACUGUGCAACAAAUUCGAUGGGCAUCCCAAAGGGUUUGCAUACAUUGAGUUUGCAGAGCGUGAUUCUGUUCAAACAGCAAUGGCCAUGGAUGAUUCCAUGUUUAGAGGUCGUCAGAUUAAAGUUAUGCCAAAAAGGACCAAUCGUCCAGGAAUGUCACAAACUAACCGAGCCCCUAGAGGUGCACGAGGGUACAGAGGUGCUGCUCGUGGAGUUACCAGGGGUUCUGCUUAUUUUGGGUACAGACCAACGAGAAGGCCAAGAAGUUAUAGACGGGGAUAUUACAUGCCUUAUUAAUGAUACAGUUUUAACCGAUUCGUGACGGUCUUCAUG